AUGAAUGAUGAUUCCCUCGGCAGCGACCCGUCCACCAAGUUGGAUUUUAUCAACUACCUCUGCCGCGUGCUCUCGUCGGAUGUCGACGUAUGCUUUGCUCCCUCUAUAAGACACGAGCCUCCCCCCAUUGUCACAUUAAAUGAGAUCCGGAAUGCGAAGGACAUAUGUCCCUCGAGCAUGGGCGGCUCCAAGAUCCUAGAGAUUAAUGUAUCCACUAUAUUAAAGGUUGGACCGAUGGUGCGCAUGGGGGAGGCCGAAACUCUCUAUCUGCUCAAGGAAAGGACCUCCGUCCCCGUACCCCGCGUCCUCAAUGCCUAUGUGAUCGGUGAUAUCGGGUUUAUCCUGAUGGAGAAGAUUCCUGGGAAAUCUCUGGAAGACUGCUGGGAAGACUUGGCGGAAGACUCGCAACGGUCCAUUGUCCGGCAAUUAGCCAGUUUUAUAGAGGAGUGGCGCCGGAUCGAGGGGCCCGUCUUCGGGUCGGUCGAUGGUGGGCCGUGCGAGGACAUCCUGUUUAAGCAUUCGUGGGAUGCACAACCCCGUCAGUACGGGCCCUUUCCGACUCGGAAGGAAUUCAAUCAAGGGGUGGUACAGGCCCUCCGCUACUCGAGACCGCAAGCGAAAUUAACAGCGAAGGAUGAGCCCCUGGCGGAGAAGAUUCUGGCCUCGGGCGACCAAGACGAGAGGAAGGUGCUGACGCAUGGCGAUCUGCACCAGAGCAAUAUCAUCGUGGACGACGACGUCGUCACGGGGGUCAUCGACUGGGGUGCCGCGGGUUACAGCAUCUGGGCAAGGGAGUAUUUUGGCAUACGAUGGCAGGCGUUGGAUUUAGAAUGGAGGGAGCUUACAUCGACCCUCGUCGGAGUCGAUGAGUACGAAUUCUGGGCCGAAGUGAAUCAAUCGAUGCUGGAUUACACGGGUAUCUGA